CAAACCCCUGCAUAUGAAAAUAUAAACGAGAACAGGGGACUCUCUCGCUUUCCGAAAUUUUCCUCUUCGUUGGCGAGUGGGAUUUCUCUGGUCGACGAAGCUUUCGCCGGCGGCAAUCGGCCAUCGCACCUCGCCGGAGAGAAUAGCUGCUUCAGUUUCAGUUCAAAGAAGAAGAUGAAGAUUUGUGUCAAGACACUCAAGGGUACUCACUUCGAGAUCGAAGUGAAACCCGAAGAUACGGUUGCCGAUGUCAAGAAGAACAUAGAGGUAGUUCAGGGUGCUGACGUUUACCCUGCUUCUCAGCAGAUGCUUAUUCAUCAAGGGAAGGUCCUUAAGGAUGUGACAACUCUUGAAGAAAAUAAAGUUGUUGAGAAUAGUUUUAUAGUGAUUAUGAUAACUAAGAAUAAGGCUUCACCAAGUGGAGCCUCAAGUACAUCAGGUGCAGCUACAAGUCAGGCACAACCUGUAACUGCUUCUCCUCCUGCGUCAUCAACACCGUCAACAACAUCUGAAACACCCGCCUCUGUUGCGCCACCGCCGCAAUCUGUUCCCGAACCUGCUCCUGCAGCAGCUCCUACUGCUUCCGCUGAAUUGGACGUAUAUGGACAAGCAGCGUCAAACCUUGUUGCAGGAAGUAAUUUGGAGGCUACUGUUCAACAGAUUCUUGAUAUGGGUGGUGGAAGUUGGGACCGGGAUACCGUUGUCCGUGCUUUACGUGCUGCUUUUAACAACCCUGAAAGAGCUGUUGAAUAUCUGUACUCUGGAAUUCCUGAACAGGCAGAUGUUCCACCACCUGCUCAAGUUCCUGCUGGUGGCCAGGCAGCAAACCCUCCAGCAAUCAAUCCUCCAGUGCAAGCCUCACAACCAGCAGCGCCCACAGGUGGUCCUAAUGCAAAUCCUCUGGAUCUCUUCCCACAGGGCCUUCCAAGCAUGGGUUCAAACGUUGGUGCUGGCACCUUGGAUUUCCUCCGGAACAGUCCACAGUUUCAAGCAUUGCGGGCUAUGGUGCAAGCGAACCCCCAAAUUCUGCAGCCCAUGCUUCAGGAGUUGGGGAAGCAAAAUCCACAGCUCAUGCGUCUCAUUCAAGAGCAUCAAGCUGACUUUUUACGCCUGAUAAAUGAACCUGUUGAGGGAGAAGGGAACCUACUGGGUCAGUUGUCUGCAGCAAUGCCACAGGCUGUGACUGUUACCCCUGAGGAGCGAGAAGCCAUCGAACGUCUGGAAGCAAUGGGUUUUGAUAGAGCGCUAGUAUUGGAAGUAUACUUUGCUUGCAACAAGAAUGAGGAGCUGGCUGCCAACUAUCUAUUGGAUCACAUGCACGAGUUCGAUGACGAUCAAUAGUCCAGUGUUUAUAUAUGUUUUCUGCGUCAUUUAUUUAUAUCUUUUCUAUGUCUUAUAUGACAUGCUGGACAGAUUAUUAUAGCGUUUAGGGUGUCUAAUUCCUUCUCCUUUCUUUCCCAAUAUUCCCAACUCCUUAUUAUCUCUUGGAUAUAGCAUCUUCCGAAUUCUGUCCCAAAUCUUGGUUUCGAUUUUACAUUUAAUUUCUCGUUUGAAUGUCCAA